CUCCUGCAGUGCACCAACGAAAUAGGUCCUUCCUUGCAUGCGUGUAAGCAUUCCCAGUUUGUGUGGCUUGUCAGAUUUUAGAGGAUUCUCUCAAGUAGCCGUCUCGAAUCACACAGGGCGCCUAGUUCUAGUCAUGACUAAAGAAGAACUAAAAGGGGCGAGUGAGGAGGAGCAACAGGCCCAGUCGAAGAAAGGGCUGAAGAAAGCACAGAAGGAAGCGGAGAAAGCAGCAAAGAAGGCGGAGAAGCAGGCCAAGCUGGCCGCCGAGCAGCAGAGCACCGAUGAAGACGACUUUGCCAAGGAUCGGUACGGAGUGUCUCCGAUGGUCCAGUCACAGGAGAAACUGGACAGGGUGUUGGUCCGUGUCCAGCAGCUGACACCGGAGAGGGCUGACCAGCUGAUCUGGGUGCGCGCCAGGGUUCACACCAGCCGUGCCAAAGGGAAGCAGUGCUUCUUGGUCCUGCGUCAGCAGCAGUUUAAUGUCCAGGCCCUGGUCGCCGUGGGAGAUCGCGCCAGCAAGCAGAUGGUCAAGUUUGCCGCCAACAUCAACAAGGAGAGCAUCGUGGACGUGGAGGCCAUGGUGCGGAAGGUGGACCAGAAGAUCGAGAGCUGCUCUCAGCAGGAUGUGGAGCUGCACAUCGAGAGGAUAUUUGUGAUCAGCCAGGCCGAACCCCGUCUGCCCCUGCAGCUGGAGGAUGCUGUGCGACCCGAGGGAGAGGGGGAUGAGGAAGGCAGAGCGACUGUCAAUCAGGACACCAGACUGGACAACCGUGUCAUUGAUCUCCGAACGACCACCAGCCAGGCCAUCUUUCGCCUGCAGUCCGGUGUUUGCCAGCUCUUCCGAGACACACUCACCGACAAGGGCUUCGUGGAGAUUCAGACCCCCAAGAUCAUCUCCGCUGCCAGCGAGGGGGGUGCCAACGUGUUCACCGUGUCCUACUUCAAAACCAGCGCCUACCUGGCCCAGUCUCCCCAGCUCUACAAGCAGAUGUGCAUCUGUGCUGAUUUUGACAAAGUUUUCUGUGUGGGACCUGUUUUCAGGGCUGAGGAUUCAAACACUCAUCGUCACUUGACUGAGUUUGUGGGCCUGGAUAUUGAGAUGGCCUUCAACUACCAUUACCAUGAGGUCAUCGACUCCAUCACUGACACCAUGGUGCAGAUCUUCAAAGGUCUUAGAGACAAGUUCCAGACGGAGAUCCAGACAGUGAAUAAGCAGUACCCCAGUGAGCCCUUCAAGUUCCUGGAGCCCACUCUGAGGCUGGAGUACACGGAGGGCGUUGCCAUGCUACGGGCAGCAGGAGUGGAGAUGGGGGACGAGGAGGACCUGAGCACGCCUAAUGAAAAGCUGCUUGGCCGUCUUGUGAAAGAAAAGUAUGACACUGACUUCUAUGUGCUGGACAAAUACCCCCUGGCUGUCAGACCUUUCUACACGAUGCCUGAUCCGACCGACAAGAAAUACUCCAACUCCCUGACGGCUCAUCUGCUGUGCUUCCGGAGAGAGCGCAGCAAAUACUCCAACCCAAUAGGAGGGGGUUUGCACUGGCACAGUUGA